GGUUGCGGGUGGGCUGCGGCCGCGGGCUGGCGUUUGCAGGUUCCCAGCGAGUGCGGCCCGGCUGCGCGCUGCCGCCGUCGUGGCUCUUGGGCAAAGUCGGCGCGGCGGGCUGGCAUUAAAAUGAAAAGAUGUCCUUGUACGACGAUCUAGGAGUGGAGACCAGUGACUCAAAAACAGAAGGCUGGUCCAAAAACUUCAAACUUCUGCAGUCUCAGCUUCAAGUGAAGAAGGCAGCUCUCACUCAAGCAAAGAGCCAAAGAACAAAACAAAGUACAGUGCUUGCCCCAGUCAUCGACCUGAAGCGAGGUGGCUCCUCAGAUGAUCGUCAAAUUGUGGACACACCACCACAUGUAGCAGCUGGGCUAAAGGACCCUGUUCCCAGUGGAUUUUCUGCAGGAGAAGUUCUGAUUCCCUUAGCUGAUGAAUAUGAUCCUAUGUUUCCCAAUGAUUAUGAGAAAGUAGUGAAGCGCCAAAGAGAGGAACGACAGAGACAGCGGGAGCUGGAAAGACAAAAGGAAAUAGAGGAAAGGGAAAAGAGGCGUAAAGACAGACAUGAAUCCAGUGGGUUUUCAAGGCGACCUGACCCAGAUUCUGAUGAAGAUGAAGAUUAUGAGCGGGAGAGGAGGAAAAGAAGUAUGGGCGGUGCUGCCAUCGCCCCACCUACGUCUCUUGUAGAGAAAGACAAAGAAUUACCCCGAGAUUUUCCUUAUGAAGAAGACUCCAGACCUCGAUCCCAGUCUUCCAAAGCUGCCAUUCCUCCCCCAGUGUAUGAAGAACAGGACAGACCGAGAUCUCCAACUGGGCCUAGCAACUCUUUCCUUGCUAACAUGGGUGGCACAGUAGCACAUAAGAUCAUGCAGAAGUACGGCUUCCGGGAAGGCCAGGGUCUGGGAAAACAUGAGCAGGGACUGAGCACUGCGUUGUCAGUGGAGAAGACCAGCAAGCGGGGCGGCAAAAUAAUUGUGGGUGACGCGAUGGAGAAGGGUGAGUCUCAGGAUGCAUCUAAGAAGUCGGAUUCAAAUCCAUUGACUGAAAUACUUAAGUGUCCCACUAAAGUCGUCCUACUAAGGAACAUGGUUGGUGCAGGAGAGGUAGAUGAAGACUUGGAAGUUGAAACCAAGGAAGAAUGUGAAAAAUAUGGCAAAGUUGGAAAAUGUGUGAUAUUUGAAAUUCCUGGUGCCCCUGAUGAUGAAGCAGUACGAAUAUUUUUAGAAUUUGAGAGAGUUGAGUCAGCAAUUAAAGCUGUUGUUGAUCUGAAUGGGAGGUAUUUUGGUGGACGUGUGGUAAAAGCCUGUUUCUACAACUUGGAUAAAUUUAGGGUUUUGGACUUGGCGGAGCAGGUUUGAUUUUCAGAACCAGAGCGCAGGUCACCUCCAGGGAUCCUUGAACUAACUGCAGACUGAGCGGAGGAGAAGGGGUGGUGAAAGCCUUCGUGCCUGUCGGAUGCUGAGGCUCUCGGAAGGACUUCUGUGAUGUGUGUUGGUCUAUCCCUUUUUUAUUUUGUGGUUUUUUAAUAUAGCAUAAAAAUCCUUUAAAAAACAACAACAGUUGUGUGCCUCUCUGAUUGUUCCUCUUUUUUAUUACUACUUCUGAGUUCAUUACUUUGCUAGAAUUUCAUGGUAAUUUUCAAGUGCUUUGAUGAUGCAGCGCAUCUUGCACUUAAACUAGGGAGUUUUGGUUCUGGGGUUGUAUUAAAUUAUCCUUUGUUUUUCUUUCUCCCCUUUCCCUUUUAAUAAAGCCUACAAGUUAUUAAACUUGUUCAUAAAUUCUGUAGUAAAGUAGCAUCUUGGCAGUCUGCCAGAGAUGAACAUGUCUGCUUUCUCUAACAGAGAAAUUCUUUUCAGUGACUCCAGUCAUAGAAAACUCUGCAGCCGGAGCUAAGAAUAGUGAGCCAGCCAUGACCUAUUUGGAUGAAUAAUUUGUCAUUAAGCUAAGUCAGACUGUAGGGUUUGUAGUGGAUUUAUGGAACAUGUGGGUAUAGAAAUCAUGAAUCACUCACUUGUUUUCAGAGAUUCAAGCUUAGUCUUUAGGGUAGAUCAGAAAUGACAAAUUAAUUCAGAACCUAACUGUUAAGUUGAAAAUAUGUACCCAAUUAUGUUUGGGUAAUGACAGUUCUGUGGGGUCUUGUUUCUACUGGCCAAAAUCCAACAAUGUUAAUUCUAUUAUAUGUAAUUUUAAAAUUUAUAAAACUCAGCCCUUUCAGCUACUUAAAAAUUGUACUGCGAAUUAAUAUGGUUUCUGGAGUUGUGAAAAGUUGUACCACUGAAGUGUAGUGAUACAUGUGGCUUAAAAAUUUAGCAGGGCAACACAAAAAAAUAUUCAUUGCUGAAGUUCAUUGCCAGAGCAAUGGAUGUUUCAAAAAAUCUUCAAGCUUGUGAUCUGUUCCUUGCUUUUCCCAUAUAUUGCAUGUGACUUUCUUUGAAGUGGCAACUGAGGGACAUGAACCUCUGUUGUCUCUGUAGGUUAUUAUGAUGUGAAAGUGCACUGUGAUCCUUGGGGGGAAAGCUCAACAUUGUUUGCAUCCAUGGACUUGGUUUGGAGACAGGAAUAUUUUGACCCUUUUUACAAAAGGAUUUUCUUGUGUUUUUAUUUAACAUAAAUAAAGA